CUCUGUAAUUUGCUGAGGUGUGAGGGCAGAAGGGGAAACAACACCCGAUUCGCUUCAAAUUGCUUUCACCCGCAAAUUACCGCUAGUUCGAGUGGAUUUUUAUUGUUUUUGCUCUGCUUAUACGUCUUGUUCCACAGGUACCACAAUUAGUACUACAGUUUCAACGUCUUUAUACCAAACAAAGACCUUGAUAACAAAACGAACACCAUUCCGAAAACAUAAGCAAUAUAUGACGUGGCAGUUGGGAAUCUCAUGCGAGUGAUUGGCUUCGAGAGAUGGUGCUGUAUACAAGAACAUUAAUCCUGAAAUUCAAUUACAUUAAGGAAUACAAAUUGUGACCUUCCCCGCGAGUGUAGAAUCCAAGACUGCAAAAAAGUCUUCUAGUUGAAAAGAAAUCUCUCUCUCAGGAUCGAGUCGAUUGGUAAAAGGAAGCAAAACUGAUUUAUUGUGCUACGUAUCUCAGACGUCUACUCUUCUACCUGGUGGAAAAGCAACAGUGAUGUCAACAGACUCUGCUACGGCUCAUAGCAAUGCUACUGUGACUCACGAGUUGUCACCUUUCAGUGGUGCUGCUACCUCACCAGGAGAACAGAAAAAAGAAUUGGAAACUGGGUCAUUGCAAGAUGAGUUAUUGGUGGACAUCUCAGAUAUCCGUCCAGCUGGACACAACAAAGAUUUGUUUAGCAUUGAUGAAGACAGUCAAGAGGGGUCACCCAGUAAAUCUGGAUUCCAACUGGUGGACUUGAGCGAAGCAGAGACAGUCACCCCUUCUGAUACUGGGGGCUGUGGUCCAGGGCAAGGAGUUGCAGGAGUUACCUUUGACCCCACAGUUGCUGUGAACAGCAGUCCUGUACAUAGAAUACGGCGUGACUCUGCAAGUUCUUCAGUCAGUGAUGUCAGUGGGCUUUUUCCAAUAUACGAAGUACCUGGUGUAUCUUUCAACAUGCCACAGAGUGAUAUGGAGUCUUCAAGUGAAUGGGAAGAGGGUGGAAAUGUGGCUGUUGUUGAUCGAUUAAGUAAAGACACUGUUUACCAAGCUUACCUCAAAAUGCGUCAACGAUAUCAUAAAUAUAAGGGCCGGUACUCAGACUUGGCACGAGCAUACAAAGAAAAAGAGAAAGAAUCAGAAAAGUUACGGGACGUUCUCACAAAGACACAGGAUAAGGCUCUGAGAAAAGUGAGUGAAUUAAAGGAGCAGUGCGCUCUUGAGCAACAGGCGAAAGCGCACUUAGAACAAGAAUUGCGUAGUGACUUAGAGGAAAAGGACCACAAGAUUAUGGCACUACAGACCAAGGUUAGUGGUCUGCGAGAACAGUGCGAGCUGCAACAGCAAGCUAAGGCUCACCUGGAGCAGGAAUUGAACGCAGACUUAGAGGAAAAAGAACUCAAGAUUUCAGCCCUCCAGACCAAGGUAAAAAUUUUGCAAGAAAGUGGUGCUGGGGAUCUUAUAAGUGCAAUACCACAACCCCAAAAUAUUGAACAAACAACAAUCUGCCUCCAAGAAGAUAGACCUGUCAAAGUGCAGGACGAGUCUGAUAGCCUGUCUGCCGGGGACAAUUCUUCUGGUGUAGACAAUGUAUCAACAACUGAAAGUGCCUCACUUGCGGAUAACGUCUCAAUGGCUGAUAACAUGUCUGUUGCUUCUCAUGGAUCAGCCUCCACUGCUGUUACUGUCAAUAUUGAAAAUGAAGAACUCAUUGAGAAGCUCAAAGCUUGUAUGGAAGAACCAGCUGAGGCCACUGAUGUUGCAAAGCAUAAGUCACUUUUAGCACGUUGCAUGGAUAACAUUCGGGGCAACAAAGAGCGUAUUGCUGUGCUUACCCAGGAAAGAGAUGUUGCCACGUCUCACUUACAGGAGAAGAUAAAACAGUUGGAUAUCAUCAAGGAAGAACAUGUAAAGGAACUUGACUCCCUGCGGUCGAGCAUGGAAUCCUCAGCCUUGAGUAUGGCUGAAACUAAAAAGCAGUUGUUUGAAGAACUACAGGCAAAGGAAGCUGAAAUGGAACGGUGUAAGAGAGCAGCUGCCAAUUUAGAAAAGAGACUGCAAGAAGAACAGAGUCGAUGGCAAGAAGAAUUACAAGAAAGGGAUGCUGCUGUGCAGGAACUUGGAUCCAGCAUUGCUAAAGCUGAAGAGCAGGAGCAGGAGAGGGAAGCAUCUGUGGCUGCCAUCAAACAGGAGGUGGAGGCAAAGAUCCAGUUGCUAGAGUCACGUGUAUCAGAGCUUAAAGACUCUAGGACGCAGCUACAGACUCAGUUAACUGACAUUGGAAAGGUCAAAGAAGAACUAGAGCAAAGGGUAAUGACUUUGACCAGUGAGAAGGAUCAACUUAGUAAAGAGAUUGAGGAAACAAAGAAUGAAAACUCGUUGCUCAAUGGGAAGAUACAGAAAUUAGAAUUAAAUGUGGAAGAACUGAAAAAGGAUAACAGUAGUUGUAGCAACAAAAUGAAGGAAAUGGAAAAGUCCAAAGAGGAAAUGGAAAUCAAACUCAAUGAAUUCCACCAAAUUCAGACUAAUACAUCUAACAGUGCCUUGGCUGCCUCCAGUGAGCUGGAAACGUUAAAGGAAACUAAUAAUAAACUUAAUCAGACCCUAAAAGAUUCUCAAAAGGAUGUUGAAAACCUUAAGGCAACAUUAGAAAGUGUAAAACUUCAGUUCAAAGAGUCACAUGAGACAUUGAAGACUAAAACAACAGCCAUAGAAGAAUUAAAAGCUAAGGUGAUUGUUGCUGAAGAAAAGUUGAAAAAUAAAGAAAUGCUCCUCGAAGAAACUAAAGCAACAACCAUUGUUACUGAAGAAAAGCUAAAGUCUGUGAAUAAAAAAUUAGUUGCUAUUCAAAAUGAAAAAGAAUCUACUUGCAAGGAGUUGAAUGAAAAGGUGCUAGAACUUGAAAAAUCCAAAGAAUUACAUUUGCAAGAAGCCCAGAGUUUAAAGGCAGAAAGAGAUAGUGUUGUGAAAGAUUUAGAAGAUCUGAAGCAGUCAAAAGAUGAAAUUAAUGAAAGGUUGUGCACAAUGCAGAAAGAGCUUGAACAGGUGAAAACAGAGAAGAAGAAUUUAGACAAUGAGAAUAAAGCUUUGAAAUCAGAAAGUGAGGAACUCAAUGCCAAAAACAUAAAACUGAAACAGGAAACAGACAGACUAAAUACAGAGAUUAAUGUGUUGAAGGAAGACAAGGAUAAACUGAAUUCUGAGCUACAGGUAACCAAAGAAAAGGCAAACAGUCUAAGUCAGCAAGCAUUUGGUGAACUUAGCGAGGUGACUGUGAAAAUGGAUAGUCUAAAUAAAAACUGGGAAAACCAGAUGAAAGAGAAAAAUGUAAUAAAUGAAGAGCUAACUAAGAAAGUGAGUGAAUUAGAGGCUAAUUUGAACCAGAAGACUGAAGAAUACAAACAAAAAUUAGAUGAAAGUAAAAUACAAAUAGAAAAGCUUAAUAAAGAGUUACAUGAGAAAGCUGUAUCUGAAAAGGAGUACAAGAGCACAAUAGACAGUCUGAACGUUCAGGUUCAGCAGAAAGAGGAGAAAAAUAAUGAAGUUACUAAAGCUGUAAGUGAUCUAACAAAAGUUCUUCAAGAUAAGGAUGGUGAAAUCAAGAACCUGCAGGAAAGCGUUCACAAGAGUGAAGAGGAACUUGGUGUCCGAGUAUCGGAACUCGAAGCUGAUGUUCAGAGUCGCGAGGUUGAGUUAACUUCCUCUCUUGAGGAAAAGAAGAAAUAUAUAGCCUUACUAAAGAAAAUAAAACAGGAAAAGAUAAAAUUGCAAGAAGAAUUGGAAACAGCAAAGAAAGAAUUAGAGAAUUCCAAGAAAGCUGUGUCAGAUGCAAAAUCUGAGGCAGAAGAAUCAAAGAAGCUCUUGUCAACAGCUCAGACACAGAUUGGUGCUUUAGAGGAAAGUAAUGAGAAAAUGAAAGGGGAAAUGGAAGGAUGCACAGAAAAUGCAAAAACGUUAGAGAUGGAAAAUGAUAGGCUAAAGGAAGAGCUGUCCAGCAAAAAUAAUGAGUAUGAAAAGGCUAAAUGUGAAGUACAGCAGGUAUCAAAAGCAGCAGAAUGUGAGGUGACAAAAGUGAAAGAUACUCUUUCAAAAUUAAAAGUAAGCUAUCAAAAAUUUGCCAAAGAAAAGGAAGAUCUACAGGAAGAACAUAGAAAUAAAGUUAAAGAAUUGACCGAUCAAAAUCAUUUGAAAGACAACCAAAUUGUAGACUUGCAGGCAAACAUUAAGCAGCGUGAAGAAAAGAUUGACAGUUUGAUAAGAGAAAAGAAGUCAUUGUUAAUAGAACUCGAAAAGAAAGUUGAAGAACUUCAAGAAGAACUGAAGGAAAAAGAACUCUCUAUAAAGAAAAAUAUCUCUGAAUAUGAAAACAAAAUAGAGCAAGCAGAGGCACAAGCUAGGUCUAGAGAAGAAGAAUUAAGGAAGCAGAUUGAGAGCACCAUGCAAGAAAAACACUCAUUGGAGCAAAAACUAAAAGAGCUGUCCCAUGAAAUCCUUGUUAAAGAUGAAGCUAUUGUACAACAGACUGAAGAUGCUGAGAAAAACCUAAACUUAGCAAAAGAGGACUUCAAUUUGAAGAUCAAAGAGAUGGAGGCAACAUGGAAGGAGCGUUUACGAAUGCACGGGUUUGCUGAUACUCUCAGUGCAAAUAAUAGAUAUAUUGCUUUAUUCAACAUGCUGAAGAUUACAUCAGAAUUAGAGAAAAUACAAAAACAAAGUGAUGAAAAUUUGGCCAGUGCCUCCUUGGAGCUGAACAAAUCGCAGCAGUCUCAGUUAGAAGCCGUGAGGAGUAGCUACCAACGUACCAUCAGUAGCAGGGAUGCCACUAUAGCCUCCUUGAAGGACGAAGCUGACAGACUAAAACUUUCUCACCAGGAGGCUCUUGAAAAACUCCAGUGUCAGCUGGAUAAGGCUCAUCACCAAUCCAAGUGUCAGAGUGAAAAGAUUUGCAAUCUUGAAAAGGCUAUGGAGGAAAUUAGUGGUCAGCUUACGACGGCGGAGGGCCGUUGUGAAGAACUGGAGAAGAAACCUGAGGAAACCUCGGCCACCUCCGAGAAUGUCACGAAGGAGAUAAAUGACAUUGGUAAUGAGAAACAGCAACUUUCAAAUACUCUUGAAGACUGGGAAAAAGAGAAGGAGGAUACUGCCAAACUGAUUGCCAUGUUAGAAUUCAAUAUUGAACAUAAUAAGAACAAGGUCCUGAACAUGGAGAUCUCAAACAAGGACCUUCAAGAGAAAAUUGAGGAUUUAAAGAAAGAAAAGGAUGAACUACAUGAGCAGUUGAAGGAAGGAUCCUCUGGGUAUGAAGAGCAGUUACUUAAAGAGCAAGAGGAAUUUAAAGAGAGAUUAUGCAAGGAAAAAGAGGAACUUAUAGAAAAAUAUGAAGCCGAGAACAAGUUCUUACGGGACCAGGUGGAGGGACUCACAGAUAUAAAAUUAGGCUUUGAGAAGCAGAUAGGACAAAUAGAGGAGAAUAAUGCAGAGAUGCACAGUAAGAUUGGUGGUGUUCAAGAAGAGAGAAAUCUUGCCAGGAAGGAGGCUGCUCAAGUGAAAAAAGAGAAGGAGGAUCUUCAGAAGAAGUUUGAUGAUCUUACCCAGAUCAGGAGUGAAUUAGAAGAGCAAGUUGCUGAACUGAAAGGGACCAUAUCAAGCCUAGAGGAAAAAUUAGAUGUAGAGGAGAAUGAAGUCCAGACAUUAAAGGAAACGAUUAAUACACUCAAUAAUAACAUUCUCAACCUACAGAAGCAGGUAGAGGGACUCAACGAAACGAACACUAAACUCGCCAGAGACCUUCAAAUCGAGAGUAAAGCACGAAUCGACUUACAAGAACAAAUGACCAAAAUGAAACAGAUGUACAAACAGCUGGAGGAAUCUCGCAGUGCUGACAGUGCAGUGAUAAUUCAGUUGAAAAAGGAAAAAGAUGAUAUGGGAAACCAACUUCAGGCACUCAAAGAAGCUAAACUAGCAUCAGAAAAACUUUUCCAGGACCAGAAAUCACUGAUAUUGGCACUAGAAAAUGAUAAUAAAACUCUUUCUGAGAAAUUAAGUAACUCAUCACAAAGUUUUACAAAUUAUGCAGUAAAGUCAAUUUCAGACCAAAUUUGUGAAAAACCACAAGUCAUUGAUAGCAUUCAUAAUAAAGAAGCAGACAGAAGUCCUGUGUCACAGUCUACAGAAGAACUAACAAGACUGAAACUGACCAUAAAAGAUUUACAAGAAAAAUUAAGAUUGGCUGAGAUAGUAAGUGGGGAAGUAGAAGAACAUCGAAGAAAAGUAAGAGAGUUAGAGGCCAAAUUAGGUCGCGUGGAGGAAGAGCAUCGUCAGCAACUGAAAACUGUAACUCUUGAAGCAGAGCAACAAGUUGCUGUUAAAGAGCUUCAGUGUCAGCAGGCCAUUGCUUCAGCUUAUGACCAACAAGACAGUCAGACUAGUGCCCUAGUGCAGCAGCAGCAAGAUGUUCUACGGGAAGCACAUGCUCGUGCUAAAGAAAAAGCAGCUGAAUUAGAAACUGUGGUACAUGACUACCAGGAUAAACUCAAGGAUAAAGAUGAUGAACUUGGCAAGUUUAUUCAACAGUAUGAAGAGCAGCUAGCACAGCUCAACUCACAACAUGAAAAUCACAUUAAAGAGGUUGAAAAUACUUGGAAGGCUCGGGCAGAAAAAAUGCUCCGUCAACGAGAGACACAACUCCAGGAGGAAAAAGAUCACCUUGUGCAAGAUUGGAAUAAGGAGAGAAGAAUUGAUGCAUCAGAGUCCCCUGAAAAUACCCAGGAGCUAGAGAGACUCACCAAAGUAGCUGCAGCAGCUUUCCGCAGUGGAACAGACUCUGUUGAACUGCUUAAAGAACAAGUGGCAGCCCAGCGUAAAGAACUGGAAGAAGUAAAGUUAAAUCACAGCAAAGAAAUAGGAGAGCUCAAAGCCUUACUUGAGCUCAAACGAAGAUCAAGAGGUGGAGGUGGUGGAGGCAGUGGGAUGAGACUGGGGGUGUCAUUGGAGGAAGCCGCAGAAUUCGAGUACCUGAAGAACAUUCUUUAUCAAUAUAUGCUGGGAAAAGAGACACAGACACUAAGUAAAGUGUUGUGCGCUGUGGUAAAGUUUGACAGUCAUCAGCAACAAGAAAUUUUGGAGCAUGAAGAGCAACGGCAGAGUUUGCAACAAGGAGCAAUGAAUGGUUCAGUCCACUCAGAACUUAUAAAACAACAGAAAUCAGAUGGUUCCAAGAUCCUUUAAGUCACCAGUUACACAGCUGGUCGCAGGGUCUAAGCUUCUACUGAAAACUUGGUGUAUUAACUGCUUGAGAGGCAGAGACAAAAAAGUCAAAGGAUCAGUGCAGUGCUGCAGCUGUGAUGUACAACUUGUUGCUUCAAGUGCUGUUCCAAUAUUAUCAGGAAAACAUCACUACUUAUGGUGUACUAUAGCUGAUAUGCAUGAAAGUUUCCACAUCAGCAUUAAACAAGCCAAGAAUUAAAUAACACAUUCUCAAGAUGCACAACCAGUAUUUCAGAUUCCCCAUCAAAAAAUACCAUCUAUAAAAAUACCAUUCAAACAGACUCUCUAUAAGUUGAAAUAGUUUAUUUUUUAUGGAAGGUAAAAGUCAAGCGAUGGGGAUUUGUAAAUUAGGUUUCAAAGUUCAUUAGACAUCUUGCAUUACAAUUAGCUAGUAAACUGUGCAAUUAUUUCCAUAACCUACAUAUUCUGUGAUAAUAAGCAGUAAAAAGUUAUAAAUCAAUAUUUAACUUGUAACUUUGUAUGCUGGGAAUGACUAUUUAAAGUGAAAUUAAGAAUACAAGAUUGCGUAACUAAGAAACUCUUGUUUAAUAAGUGGAUUGCAAAAGCGCCUAAAUGAACCAUAAACGCAGGUUUGCUAUGAGAAAUUUUCAGGCAAAUUUGUAAAAUUUGAUGUGGAACCUGGCUGCUACAAGAAUAAGGAAAUGGUUAAGCAUUUUAUGUAAUGUAUUAACUACUAACUAAAUAUACAGUACUUACAUCCAUCACUGAAUAUUACGCUUACUGAAUAUGACUACCACAAUGCAAAUAAUGAAAUACCUACACACUAUUUGAAAAAACAUCAUCUUAUCAAAAAGAGUUUCCAUUGAUCAGCACAAAGAGUAAAAGCAACUCUAUAUGUACUUGAAAUAUAUGUACUUUUUCAAGUACGAUAUAGCCUUUAAGUGUAAAUAAACUUCCAAAGAAUCUUAAGAAGAUAAACUGUUACCUCUAUAGGGUAAUGAACCAUUGGUUGUGUUCAAUUUCACCUCUAGUCGCAUUCUCUCAAAAUUACACGUGAAAAUUAAGACUUAUGUAAGAAUAAAGGUCAUCCUGUGUCCAGAUUUGAUCCUAUUUGUGAAGUGAAUAACCUGAGAGUCCUUAUCCCCUUGUUACUAUGUUCAGUGUAUGUAAGUCUUAUGUUGUCACUUUUUUAUAUGAAAUUAUAUAUAUAAAAUAUAUAUAUUUUUUAAUUAACGAAGACAAAGAAUGUGAGUGAAGCAAAAGGAUUUAUUCCCUAAUCAUCCAUAUGAUGUAAGGAUAAACUGUUGUUCCUAGAAGCUCGGUCCUGAGUCUUCUCCUUUCCUCCUCCCUUUCCAAGUUGCCAUCUUCCAACAAGGUCACCUGUCUCAAGCAAUGGAGUAGGGAGGGAAAACCUGUGUGAGCCACUUAUGACAGGAACCUACCUUUGUUAUUUAUUUGCACAUUUUAUUGUUGAAAUAAUUAUGUUGCUCCAAAUUAUAUUUUAUGUCUUUGUUUUUACUUAACUGUACAGCACAUUCUGGUAGCCGAGAUGAGUUUAGUCAUUUGCAACAGAAUGUUUUAUUCAACGAAAAUUUGAUUUGCAGUGAUAAGCAGAAUAAUACCUCUUUGGAUUACCUAUUUGUGCCAAGUUUUGUACUGUAGGAAGUAGGUACAGUUAAGAUUUUAUGUAACAGUAUGUUGAAAAGGUGAUUCAAAGUAGAAAGAAGCCUUUUCACCAAGGGCUUCUUUCAUACAUUAAUUUUAUACACGACGACGUGCAUCUAAGCAGUGCUUGUCUUUUGUUAAGUUGUUUUUGUUAUCAGACUAUUUUAAUGAUAAUGAAUAAGUAAUCAGAUUGGUAGCUAGUAUAUUGAUCUGUGCACACUUUGCUGCCUUCUGGUUUUUAAAAAUAAACUUGAUUUGCUUAUAGUACUAUAAAUAACACAUGUACAAAGUAAUAAAAUCAAGGUUGUCUCAUCCACACGGAUGAGAAUUGUAUUUAAAGGCCUUACACAUCAGCCUUGUCCAACACUGCGCUAGUCAUUAAUUUUAUAUCUUCUAAUAACAAUAGAAAACUUUUAAGAAGCCCUGUUUUUUCUUCCACUCCCCUUCUUCUUCCUCCCUUGUAGAAUGAGAGUUUCUUGUAGCCUUCUUAGUAUCCUUUUGCAGUGUUUAUGUUGUCAUUUAGAAUCAAGUGCUGGAGUAUAAGGUUGAAAAAAAAAUUGUUAGGAUCUAUAGUAAAUUCCUUUAUGGUGCCGUGUUUGUUAAUACAGAUUACUUGUGUGUCUGUGUAUGGUGGAUUUUAAAAUAUAUUUAAAGUUUAAAA